AUGCGGUGCCACAAAUGCCUCGAGAGGGGCCACGUGAGGUCGACCUGCCCAAGUGCGGCGGAUAGGAGCGGGAGGUGCUACCGGUGCGGUGAGACCGGUCACACCUCCCGCGACUGCCGGUCUGCCCCCAAGUGCCCGCUGUGCGCGGACAAGGGCAGGCCGGCGACGCACGUCCUGGGCGCCAACAGUUGCGCCCAGAAGAACGUGCGCGGGAGACCGCCGGGGCAGGGACCCAAGGAGCAGGCCCCUGCCACCGGCGCUCCCCCUCCGGCCGAAGCGCGGCCGGUGGAGAAGAUGAGGGAGGAGGCUGGCGGCUCAACACAGGAGCCCCAGCCGCAGCGCCAACCCUGUGGGAAGGCGCCGGGAGAGAGGGCCUCACCUCCAUCAGAGGCCAUGGAGGUCGAGGCCCUAUCGGACGGGGGGGACAAUAAGGCCGAGUAA